UUCAGUCCACAUCUGCAUGUGAAGACCGGCGAGCAUACAAAUUCACCUUCGUCACGUGCCCUGUGCCCGUUCUCCGGUUCCAUUCAGCCCGCUCCUGCUGAUCACGGCCGUUAUCUGGGUGAGUGGACCAUCUGAGCAACUGUCAGCCUUUGGCGAGGUUGAGACAGCCUGCUGAGUGCAGAAUCACAUCCAGAGAGAGGAUGGGGAAGAAGCUGGACCUGACUACUUUAACAGAGGACGAAGCAGAACAUGUGCUGCAGGUGGUCCAGCGGGACUUUGACCUUCGGAAGAAGGAGCAGGAGCGACUUAGUGAGCUGAAGCAGAAACUAAACGAAGAGGGCAACAAGUGCACGAUCCUCUCCAAGCAGGAAAAGUUCAACAAGAACUGCUGCAUUCGCUGCUGCAGUGCCUUUACAUUCCUAAUCAACAGCAAGCACUUGUGCUCGGACUGCAAGUUCAACAUCUGCAAGAACUGCGGUGCCUACAACAAGAAGGAGAAGGCCUGGAUCUGCACCGUGUGUCAUCAGGCCAGGCUCCUGAGGACCCAGUCUUUGGAAUGGUAUUACAAUAAUGUCAAGUGCAGGUUCAAACACUUCGGCAGUGCCAAGGUGGUUCACACAUUAUACAAGCGACGCCUUGCAGGCAGAGGAAGCCAAUCCGGUACACUAGGAGACAAUGUUCUUGAUGGCAGACAAGAGAAUGAAGAGCAGAUCUGUGGCACUGGGUGCAGACAGACAAAUGGUCACACUCUCAAUGAAACUCUAGCCGUGGCUCUUCGAGUGGCUGAGGAAGCAAUUGAAGAGGCAAUCACCAAGGCAGACUCCUACAGUGAUAGUUUGGAAAAACAGAGCGAGAGCCAAUAUUUGCAAGAGCACAAAGAGGAGUUGAUAGAGGAGCUCGCCACUACUAUAUUGCAGAAGGUGAUAAAGAGGAGGAAAUCUGGGAGUGGCUUCACUGACUCUGAGUCAGAACUGGCACACUCCCAGAGCAAGACUUCCACCAAGGAUUUUGCUCGACCUUUUCUUGGAAGCCACCAGGAGAUGUCAAAUCUAUGGAGGUCUCACUCCGACUCCUUACUGACUAAUGCAGAUACUCCACCCAAGGAGAGAGCUGAAGCCAGCCUUAAACCUGCGGAGGCCACGUGGAGCCAGGGAUACUCUCGAAGUACAGAUAUCUCACUGCCAACAUGGAAAAGCAUGGAACUGCUGGAUAACGCAGGCUCGUCGGCUGUGCUCCACAGUCCUGACGGCAACUGGAUGGUGAUGCCGUGUCGGGCCCCCGGACCCCCUCAGCUGCUGACUAAAACAAAGAGCCGAGUGUUUGUAGCCCUGGAGCAGGAGGCUGACGUGGUGUCUGCAUACGAUCAGAUGGGAACAGAUGGAGACAAUGAUGAUGACACUGGCUGGAGCUCGGCCCUCACUGACUUCAGGCCACACUCUGGGAAGUUAUCUGAUGAGACCUACUUUAGGGGUUCCAGGCAGGACAAUGAGUCAAUGAACACCGUCACAUGGCCGUUAUCCGGCCACCACACUGGGACCAUGCACUCAGACUCCGAACCGUCCCCCAUACGGAUAUCUGUGAGGGGCCCCGAUGGCCAAGUGGCGGUUGAUGAAAGAGAACCACAGAUGGAGGAGCACAUAGCAUCCAGCCCCCACUAUUUAGGGCAGCUGGACUUAAACUGCAACAGACAGACUCGAGACUUAGGGACCCUUGACAGCAGCGAUGAUGAAGAUCUUCCUGAUACGUCUGGGAGGAAGUACCGACGGCGAAAAAGAAGCAAAAGCUCAUCCCAUGAGAGACUGUUUGAAACGGAAAGGCAGCAGUCAACACCCAAAGACACAUGCCAGGUAACAUCAUAACGGCUGAGCCAUCAAAUCUGUGUUCCUAAACCUAGUACUCAGUUCCUCUUUCCAUUUCCUCUGGUUCAAUAUAAAAAUUCAGCCCUCUGCUGUGACUGGAGCUCUGCGCUGCAGUGGGUCUGCGAGAAUGUCAGUGACCUGCAACGUUACCUGUUUCUCUCGCCACAGACAC